AUGCCGGCGGCUCACACUCGCGACGGUUCCCGAGACCGGGAGCUCGUUGUCAGAAACCAAUCAAUUCCCAUGUGGGACAGUUCAGAUCCCGAACGGGCGCCUCCGCCGCUGCCCUUGAACCCCGGCUCAACCAGUCCCGCGACGAAGGGCAACGUUUCGCCCGGUAUCCAAGCGAUGGCGGCCACCUUUACAGAGAAGAUGCGGGAAAACGCCCCAAGUCCAUACGUCUCCAACCCCAUGCCACCGAAGUCUUCACCGGAGAAGUCUCUGAUCAAAGGCCAAUUCCACAAGCGCAUGCAGUCGUUUCAGAAUAGCUCGGAUCCGCGAUCUGAGUUCCUAAACUAUCUAGAGAGCAAAUCGCCGGAACGGCCACAACGAGCAUCAACCUUUGAUUCGACGACAAAGCUGCCGGAGAGGAGUCUAAUGAAAUCCGAGGUAGAAGAGCCAGAAGCAGACCCCGAGCCCCCGAACUUGCUCAUCUCGCCCCGUUAUCUCUCCAAACCGAUCCUCGGGGAAAGCACCCCACCUUCUGCCACUAUGCUCGCGCUGCAGAACAUGCAGCUGCCCUGCGAACCCGAUUCGCAACCCAAGAGUGUCGAGUCCGACCCGUUCGUAGGGCCGAACCGUCCUCCUAACUAUAGCUUCGAAUCCUUGUCCACACAAAUCCACAGCCUGACCGAUAUUGCCAGCAACCUCCAGCGCGAGAUGGCCCAGCUCAGUCGCCGAAGUAAGGACAAUGCGACAGACCUCGUUAGUCUGAAAGCCGCCACGAAUGCGCGAGACGAAGAUAUCCGGAAAAGCCUCCGGGAGCUAUCGUCCAACUUGAAUUCGAGGUUUUUGGAUCCUGAUGCUGCCACAAGGUUUGAUUUCAGUACUCUCCUGGGUUCUGAUAGUGGUGUUAACUAUAGGGAAUCGGAUAGUUCUCCGAACUCGAAAAAGAGCUAUGCACGGAUGCCAAGUCCAAAUCCCUUCGCGGCCGCGAUGGAGCGCGAGUUGGCCGCUUCGCCUACGCCCAUCUCCGAUGGCUCGGCCAGUAUUGCGCUAUUGGAGAAGGUGCUCCGGGAGAUGGCCACCAAGGAAGGUCAGGAAAAGCUUACGGAGUUGGUCGACGAGAUCAAAGCCCGGCCCAUCUCGGAUGCUUCCGGCGAGCCGCUUGAUAGUAGGACAACAAAAAUGCUGGAGGAGAUCCUGAGUAUCGUCAAGGACGAGUGGGAGAGCAAGGCUUUGGUGCGGGCGCGUGCACCUUCUGAUGCCAGUCAUGCUGCUUUCAAGACAGGCAGAUCAAAAUCUAUGGACCCUGAGCACUUAUACGCUCCGGACCUGGGCAUGGUUCCCGGAGACAAUGGUCGACUAUCAACACGCUCUAUGUCUCACUCUGACGAGCAAACGACGGAAGAAAUGCUGUCAAUCAUGCGGCGCGUGAAGAACAGCGUGAUUGAAGGAGGGGGCAUGACAAAUGAAGUGAAAGCACUGGUACGCGAGUUGCGCGGUGAAGUGCUGGGCAUGGGGCGCAAUCUGGCCCGGAAACUGGAAGAAAUCGAGAUAGCUCGCGAGGCCGCGGAGGACAGGCCCGCCGGUCCCGGAAAGGAGGAGAUCUCUGCUAUUGUCAACGACAGUCUGUGCGAGCUGAGGGAGCAGUUGGAAGCAAUCAUCAGCGAAAACAAGCUGCACUCAGAUGCUCUCUCAGAAUUCCGCUCCGCAAUGGAUAGCGCCCAGCUAUACUCCAUUGUCCAACGGGCCUUUAAUGAUCUCGACUUAUCACAGUUACGGGAUGACCCGAGAGGUGCCACAAUGGAAAAGGACGACAUCCUGGAUGCAGUUAGAGAUGCCUGGGAAACGUACAAGCCCGAGAUUGAGCUGGAGAACUUUGGGCUGGAACGUGAUGAGAUCCUGGAAUGUCUGUCAGAAGGUCUUAAAGCCUAUCAGCCGCGGCAUGAAGAUGCGGUCACAUAUGAUCAAGUCCUGGCCGCUGUACAGGCGGGUAUGCAGCAGUUUGAGCAACCGCCCACAAUCACCAAGGACGAGAUUGUGCACACGAUCCGUGAAUGUCUCGAAACUUCUCAGACCGCUACCCGUUCUGUACACGACGAGAAGUUGGAUGCUAUUCGGGAAGAUAUACUGCAGGCGGUUACCGAAUCCGUAGCAUCCCAGAGAGCACUUACAAGGGAGUCACUUGACUCUGGCCUUGGUCGCGAAGAGAUCUUGGGCGCGGUCGCGCAGGGCAUCCAAGCGCACUUCACCUCUGCUCGGCAGCUUGAACAACCACAUGUCACCAAGGAGGACGUCGCCAAUGCGGUCAAUGAUGCAUUUUAUGCUCAGCAGUCGGCUCUCAGUACCAAUGUUCAGUCUACCGUUUCCCGUGACGAAAUCCUCGCAGCUAUUGCCGAGGGACUGGAGGCUCAGAACAGCAUGACCCGGGAGAUCGAAUUAAACAAGGACGAUCUCAUGGAAGCUAUCUCAGCUGGACUCCACGAGGCCAACGCCGAAAACCACAACAUCGGGGACCAGAUUCUUGAACGAGUCCUGGAGCACCAUGACGGUAUGAGAGAGGAGCUGAAGCAGCAGUCGCAGGCCAAGGAGCACGACGCCAUGCAGAUUCUGGACGCAAUUAAGGACGGCAUCGCCGUGGUGCGACAGGAGGUCGAAGGCUACGCUGCUACCGCCGCUGAAGCCUCUGGCACGCAUGAAAUCAUGGACACCGUGAAGGAAGGGUUCCGACUGCUCCAGGCGGACAUGGAGAGGACAAUCGCCGAGAGCGUAGUGGCUAGUGUUCCCCGCAACCCAGAUACCCCAGAGCUCCUCGAUGCCAUGGAGAAGGAGUUUGAACACCUUCGAUCUACUAUAAGCUCUCUACUUCGGACAGAGCAGAGCACAUCAAGUGACAAGGACGAAAUCCUCGACGCCAUUCGCGAUGCCUCGGAGGCUCAGAAAAUCCCUAAGAACCAGGAUAUCGCGAGCAUUAUCAAGCAAGAGUUCGAGCAGCUUAGGGAAUCCAUGAACAUGAGCCUUGUUCGUGCGGAGCCCGAAGCGCCGAAGAGUGACAAAGACGAGAUCAUUGCCGCUCUUCGUGAGAACCUUGACACUUUCCGCGGUGAGAAGAGCGUGACAAAUGACAAGGAUGAUAUCAUUGCUGCGCUUCGCGAGCAUCUCGAAAGCUUCCGUGGUGAGCGGACCGAUAAGGACGAAAUCAUUGCCGCUCUCCGUGAGAACCUCGACGCUUUCCGGGGCGAGAAGAGCACCACGAACGAUAAGGAUGAGAUCAUUGCCGCCCUUCGCGAC